AUGGGAUAUAAGAUAUAUUCUAACUCUGACUUAGUUCAAACAGUAACAUGGGCAAACUAUGAAUGGUUCGCUUUGAGAAACUCAGUACAACCACAAGCUAGAGAACAAACAGACCAGUAUGCCACCAUUGAGAAAAUAAGAAGACUUGACCCUAACGUUCCAGGAGUUUAUGUUAACCUUUCUGGACAAACUGCAGCAGCAGUAACCAAAGUAAAACUGAAACUUAGAGUUCCUUUGUCAUCUUUCCUCAUCUUCAGGUUUUUAAGAUACUUGCCAAACUGGGCAGGAAAAAUUUCUAUCGAACUUACUCCAAGCAAAAAUAACUUAGUCAUUGCACCAACACAAGACCCAUUCACUCUUACAGAAGUAGUGGGAACAAAUAAAAUGUCAUUCGCCGACUUUUGCAAAAACAAAGUUGACUUAGACUUUGGUUUCUCAAACCUCAACACUGAAGUAAACUAUUAUUUCAAUGCUGCUGGAGAUGCUUGGGACCCAGUUAAGUUCACAUGCGAAAAGUUUGAAUGCAAGAGAAUAGAAAGCAGACUUGCAGUCUAUAUGUUGGACCCAGAUAUUUCAAAUGCUUUAGCUGCCAAAUAUAUUGCAGUUCCACUUAUGUUCCCUAUACACCAAAUAUCUGUCAAAGACUUUGCAGGUGAAGUUGGAAACCAAAGUGCUGACCCAGGUGCAAGAACAGAUAUUGCUUUAACAACUGCAAUGAAACAUGCAGAUACUAUGUUUGUACUGUUCAGACGAACUAUAAAUGACUAUUCUU